CGCGCGGGAUUCUGGGAAGCGUAGUUUGUCUGGCGGGUCUUUGACGUUGCUGCUUAAUGAGGUCAGGUGCUGGGGAGACUACAAGUCCCAGGAGGAGGAUCGCCGCGAAGAUGAAACUGAGCCUUCGGGGCUGAAGUGUGACUUCUUAUUGCGGAGUGUCGGAUCCUUGCAUGUGAAACCCAUCCAGACGGACAGGGAUAACGGCCCCGGGUACGUAGCAACCAUUCAAGAAACACUUGGCAUGAAAAUGCAUGACUAAAAAUUGUGGCUUUAUUUCCAAGGAUGGCCGUGGCCUGUCUUCUUCUCCUGGGCAGGUUUAUCAUGGAUUCUGUGGGAGAAUCGGUGAACUUCUUGGUCUCCGACUGCUGUAGUGAGACUCCGGUUUUAAAUGGCUCCUGCCCUGUAGAUCAGAGAUGCAGUCCAGGUUGUUACCAGGUGUGGACGAAUGACACGAGCCUUUCGUGCAUAAAGUGUGAUAAUGAAACCAGCUUGGAAGUGUCUCAGAAUGUGACGGCGUGCAGGGGCGUUACCACUCAAGCAUCGGAAAUCCACAUGAAUCUCAGCACAACUCCAUCUGUUCCUCAUCAUCUGAGUAAUCCUGGGGUGGCGGCAUCUCUCCUCCUGGGAACGCUCUUCAUCAGUCUCUUCCUUGUUCUUUCGGUGGCCUCCUUUUUUUACCUCAAACGCUCACAUAUGCUGCCGGAAAUCUUCUACAGAAGGAAUAAAGCCUCCAUAUUACAGCCCAGUGAAAUGGCAUCCAUGAUUCCAGAACCAAACCCGUCAGGAAGGAAACCAAGAUAUGUCAGACGUGAAAGAACGCGCAAGGCAGCGGUCCCAUUGUCACUGGACCCUUCGGCGGAUACACAAGUAAGCAUUGUGUGAUGUGACGGCGGUGCGGCCUGGAACAGUCCACAUUAUCCUCAUCGUGCCAGACUAAGGAGAACCGCGUGACGGAGCGGAACAUGAAGAAACAGACUCCCCACUGAAGGAACCAAGGAACUGAAGACAUUUCAGCCCACGUGGCACAUGACUGACUUUUUAUUAAUUUGCAAUUUAAUUGUGCAAAUUUGUGAAGCGUUUUCUUCCAGCACAGCAAACAAUAUCCAGUUUUUUUGCAAAGAAUUUCUAUGUAAUAUGAACAACGCAGCCUGUAUAUUUAAUGUGACAUUUCCUUUCUACAUUUUUGAAAAAAUUCUGUGGCUUUAAUAAA